GGGCCCUUCCUCCAGGAGCUGGAGAGUCUGGACAGAGAAAUGGAGGAUUUUGGGGGGGAGGUGAUCAACAAGGAGAAAUUAACAAAGGAAACUAAAAUCCUCCAGGAGAUUGUUCUGCUCCAGGAGGCCGCAGAGAACUACCGCCUGCAGCCCCACGACCAGUUUCUCACCUGGUUCCAGGACCUGGAGCUGAUCUCCAUGGAGGAAAGCUUCGUCCUGUCCUUCCAGCGGGAGCCCCCGUUUGAGGCAUUCUUCUACCACCUCCGCCAGGAAGGAGCUUCACUGGAAGCCACUGUCCACCCUUACUUUAACAUAUCCUUCAAUUGUGCUUGUGUUUAA